GUGGCCCACGCGGCUCGGAGGCGCACCGGCUCCACAGAGCAGCAACAGUGCACCAUGGCGUCGCUCUGAGCUCCUCAAAUUCUACCUGACCGGCAAUCCGUCACCAUCUCCGCCUUGAUCAUGGACCUCUGGUCCAGAGGCUUUCUCACGAGCCACCGGAGUUGCCAGUAGUGCUCCAGGACUGCGAUAUUGCUCCACUUUGAGCUGAUAUUUUCCACUUACGCCCGGGGAUUUAAACUGGAGCGGCAGCAGUAGGAGAGUUCUCCCCAUCUUACCGGUUAGCGGCUAAGUCGGUACUCAAGAAGGGCACCACUUGUGUUGGAAUACGAAGCCAGAAAACAGCAGUAACAUUACCAACGUGACGCGGAUACUGAGAGUCCAGAGGACGCAGGCUGAAACCUUCACUUUUCUACUGAAAGGCUGGCAUCCCAACGCCACCCUGAUGCAGAACCACAAAAGAACGUGAAAUGAACAAACCACCUCAGCCUAUCACGGGACCCACCUCUGUCCCAAACCCUGCCCCCUCCCCUGGAUUGACCCAGGCCGCAUACGGACCUGGACAGCCCCCGUCUCUUGUCUUCGCCACUCCUCCUCCACCACAGAUGAAUUCUGCACCGCAGCCAAGACAGUUUGCUGCUGGCCCCCGUACUUUACACCAACAGGGUGGAUACAGAGCCUUGCAGGGUUACUAUCCAAGCCGCCCCACAAUGCCCACGAGCGCAACAAGAGUACAGACGAGUAGCGGCCCUCGAGCUGUUGGACCCACUCAUGUCUACCCUUCAAGCUCCCAGAUGAUGAUGAUAUCACAGCAGCCGCACCCUUUCUCUGGCCCACCACAAAGCUACUUCAUUUCCCCGUACCGGCCGCCGUACAUGGCACCAACGCAACAAUAUCCGGUCACCAGCGGGACUGCUGGCUUCUAUCCUGGAACCAGCCCAGCCGAAUACCAACCAUAUGAGCCCUCUCUUGCUGCGAGGGAGAGGCGGGGUGGUGGGGGGAGAGGAGGAGGCCGUGAGAACGGCCGCCUCGCUCUCCACGGAGCUCCUCUCACCUCCCAGCGCUACCCCGGGCCGUACUAUCCGACCCAGCCACCGUUCUCUCCUUCAGUCCAGCCCACCCCGGCCAUGAUCAACCCAGGCCAGCAACAGCAGCAAGCUCCGCCUCCUCAGCAGCCACCGGCUCAGCCACAAGGCCCACCAAAGAGGGAACGCAAACCGAUCACAAUACGAGACCCCAACCAGGGCGGGCGUGACAUCACAGAUGAGAUAAUGUCAGGUGGACUGUCCAGUUCGACACCAACUCCCCCACAGACAUCCAUAAUUGAUGCGAGUCUUCCACAAACAAACGGUGAAGUUAUCCAGUCUGUCACCAUAGCGACAAGCAGAGACGACAGUGAGGAAUCAUCUGCAAGCAUUGAAACCCCACCGCCACCUGCUUUGGCAAACCCACAGCCUCUGCCUGAAGCCAAGGAAGAUAACUGCCAGGAGACGAUGCCUGCAGACAUAGUACAAUCUGAUGACCCUCCUCCGUCCACAGAGGUUCUGCCUGUGACAGUUAAGGAGCCGGAGUUGGCUGUUUCUAUAGCCCCCACUGAGGUCGCAUCAACGGCACCUCCUGAUGUGGCCGUCGAUCCAGUAGGUGUCGAACUCGGAGACACAGUCGAUGCACCUGUUGCACCCUCAGCUACCGAGGUGAAAUCAGAAGAGCUACAAAAUGACACCGUCACAGCCGAAAAGGCAACAGAGGAAAAAGUAGAAAACACAGAAAAGAGAGAAGCAGUCAAGCCAGAGCCCAUUGCAGUCGAAGAGCCUGAAGCCGAGGCCGCCACAACAGUUAGUCCUGCGAGUGCGACGCAGGACACAACGCCAACCGAAACCGAGUCUGAGCGUGCAGUUGAGGAGCCAGCUCCACUGACCCAGAACGCUUCUAGUGAACCUGAACCAGAACCAACUGUACCAGCCGAGACUCCUCUCUCCAACGGUAUUCCUCAGGAUCCGGAGUCCGAGGACCUGGCACUCAGUCACACCACACCUGUCGACAAGCCAGUCUCAUCACAAUCUCAGGAAUCUACACCUGUCACUAAAACAGCCCCUCUAGUCCAGGAGGAGAAGGUGGAGAAAAAACAGAAUCACACCGAGGGAAACAAGAAGGGUGAGCAUGUCCCUCCUGCCACUGCUACCUCCUCCACACAAGAAUCUACUAUGCAAGCUGCUACAUCUGUGCCAAAGAAGAGGAGAAACAUGAAAGAGAUCAACAAAAAAGAGGCCAUAGGAGACCUCUUGGAUGCCUUCACAGAGGAACCAGAAGCCAAGCCAGUCCCUGAACCUUUACCAGCUCAGCCUGAUCCUGUACCUGUUGCUCCAGCUGAACCUCCUGCUGAGGUGGCUGAUGAGACCUGGGAGGAGAAAGAGGACAAGCUGAAUGCAGAGCCCGAGAAGAGCAAACCCUCGGCCGAUUCGAAUGACAAGAAAUAUGACUAUAAAGAAGAGCAGUGGAAGCCCAUUAACACUGAAGAUAAGAAGCGGUACGACCGGGACUUCCUCCUCGGCUUCCAGUUCAGUAGCGCCAGUAUGAAUAAGCCAGAAGGCCUGCCAGUCAUCAGUGAUGUGGUUUUGGACAAGAUAAACAAGACGCCGCUUCGACCUGUCGACCCAACUCGGCUCAUAAACAUGGGUCCUGAUUUCACCCCUUCAUUUUUGGGAAAUCUUGGGAGCAGAUCGGGGACUGGACCACGAGGACCUCCUCCUGGCCCACGGCGCUCUCAGCAGGGUCAGCGCAAGGAGCCGAGGAAAAUCAUCAGCAGCAUGUCUCUCAGUGAUGAUGUCCAGCUUAAGAAGGCAGAGAACGCUUGGAAGCCCACGGUGAAGAAGCCACGGGGGCGCGGAGAAGAUGGGGAGGAAGAGGACCCCAAUGCUGCCAAAACUCAGGAAGUGUUCAAACGCCUGCGCAGUAUCCUCAACAAACUCACGCCGCAGAAGUUCCAGGAUCUCAUGAAGCAAGUGUCCGACCUGCCCAUAGACACAGAGGAGAGGCUGAAGGGAGCAAUAGACCUAAUCUUUGAAAAAGCCAUCUCAGAACCCAACUUCUCCGUGGCCUAUGCCAACAUGUGCCGCUGUCUUUUGGGGCUCAAAGUCCCAAAUGUAGAUGCACCAGGAGAGUUUGUGAACUUCCGCAAGCUCCUCCUCAACCGCUGCCAGAAAGAGUUUGAGAAGGAUCAAGAUGACGACGAGAUAUUUGAGCUCAAGAUGAAGGAGAUGGAGGCAGCCAAAGACGACGAGGAGCGCGAGCGCCUGAGGGUGGAGCUUGAGGACGCCAGGGACAAGGCUCGACGUCGGUCAUUGGGAAACAUCAAGUUUAUUGGAGAGCUCUUCAAGCUAAAGAUGCUAACAGAGCCUAUCAUGCACGACUGUGUGGUCAAACUACUGAAGAAUCACGACGAGGAGUCGCUAGAAUGUCUAUGCAGGCUUCUGUCCACAAUUGGCAAGGACCUGGACUUCGAGAAGGCCAAGCCUCGAAUGGAUCAAUAUUUCAACCAGAUGGACAAGAUCAUCAAAGAGAGGAAAACCUCAUCGAGAAUUCGGUUCAUGCUGCAGGAUGUCUUGGACCUAAGAAAAAGUAACUGGGUGCCCCGGAGAGCCGACCAGGGCCCCAAAACCAUCGACCAGAUUCACAAGGAGGCCGAAAUGGAAGAGCACAGAGAGCAGAUUAAAGUCCAGCAGGCGAUGCUGUCCAGAGGUGGCGGAGGUGGGGGUGAACGAGGAGGUGGCGGCGGCGGUGGCGGAGGAGGUGGCAGGAUGGAUAGAAACAUGGGGGGCAGAGGACCCCACUCACAGGGAGGUCAGAGAAGCCAGCCCCAAGAUGAGGGCUGGAACACUGUACCCAUCUCCAAGAACAGACCCAUCGACACCACCCGCCUUAGCAAGAUCACAAAGCCUGGUGCUUUGGACUUGAACAAUCAGCUUUUGGCUCCUGGAGGUAAAGGCAUGUGGGGCAGUUGGGGCAAAGGAAGCAGUGGAGGUUCAGGAGCUAAACCAGCUAGUGGAGAUCAAGACUCCGGCCGUCCUGCGACAAGCACGCUCAACCGCUUCUCUGCCCUCCAGCAGUCGGGCUCUCUGAUGUCAGCAGACUCUGACCGCAGAGUACCCCAGAGGUCCAGCUCCAGCCGUGAGCGCGGCGGGGACAGAGACCGGUCCGACCGGGACCGCUACGACCGGUUCGACCGCGGGAUGGGCCGCGACGACCGAGGCAGCCGUAACCAAAUCACCAAGAGAAGCUUCAGCAGAGAGACAGAGGAGCGCGGCGGCAGGGGCGGAGACAGCCGGGCCUCCAACGAACCUGUGCGCCGCGUCGCCAGCAUGACCGACGACCGAGACCGGGGCAGUCGGGACAGAGGCAGUCGGGACCGGGGGAGCAGAGACAGGGGAGCCUGGGAGAGGGGCCCCAGCAAGGACCUUCCAGUCAAACGCGAGAGUGCACCGACUCCUCCUCCGGUUUCUAAACCUGCUCUAUCUGAAGAGGAGUUGGAGAAGAAAGCCCACGCCAUCAUCGAGGAGUACCUGCACAUAAACGACAUGAAGGAGGCCUUGCAGUGCGUGACAGAGCUCAACAGCACCUCCCUGCUCUUCGUGUUUGUGCGGAGCGGCGUGGACUCCACGCUGGAGCGCAGCGCCGCGGCCCGUGAGCGCAUGGGGCUGCUGCUGUGUGAGCUGGUGAAGGCUGGAACGCUGAGCCCCGCACAGUUCUACAAAGGGCUACAGGAAACCCUUGAAGUGGCCGAAGACAUGGCCAUCGACAUCCCUCACAUCUGGCUCUACCUUGCGGAGCUCAUCGCCCCCAUGCUCCAUGAGGGAGGUAUCCCCAUGGCAGUGCUCUUCAGGGAGCUCUCGAAGCCUCUGUUGCCUCUGGAGAAAGCUGGUGUGCUGCUGGUUCAAAUCCUCAAGUUGCUCUGCAAAGGGAUGACUCCUAAAAAGGUGGGCGCCAUGUGGAGCGACGCCGGGCUGAGCUGGACGGAGUUCCUGCCCAAGGACGAAGACGUGAGCAAGUUCGUCGCUGCUCAGAAUGUGGAGUUCACGACAGGAGAGGAGGAAUCCAAGGGGCCCGUGAAGAAGAAGGUUCUGAGCGGAGAGGAGCUCAGCAAGCAGCUGGACAGACUCCUGCAGGACAAGGCCAACAACCAGCGCAUCAGAGACUGGGUGGAGGCCAACCUGGAGGAGCAGCAAGUGGCUUCCAACCAGUUUGUCCGAGCCUUGAUGACGUCCGUGUGUCAGUCUUCUAUCAUAUGUGAUAACCCGUACAAGGUGGACGCCCAGCAGAUCAAGCAGAGAGCCAGUCUGCUGCAGCCGUAUCUGUGUGACGAGGAGAAGGAGCUGCAGGCUCUCUACGCUCUCCAGGCUCUGAUGGUACACAUGGAGCAGCCUGCAAAUCUGCUGCGGAUGUUUUUCGACGCCCUGUACGACGAGGACGUGAUCAAAGAGGAUGCCUUCUACAAGUGGGAAACCAGCAAAGACCCGGCGGAACAGACCGGCAAAGGUGUGGCCUUGAAAUCAGUGACGGCCUUCUUCACUUGGCUCCGUGAGGCGGAGGAGGAGUCCGACAAGGAGUGAAACACUGAACUGCCGAUCCUCCUCCUCCUCCCUCCUCCCCCACCACCCCUUCCUCUCUCCCUAACCCCCCCUCCUCCUGCCCCCCUCUGGCGAAGCAAGGGUGUUGCAGGAGGCAGUCAUGGACAAGGUUGAAACGGACUUAAUGAAUCCUCAAUGAGGAUGAAUCGUUGUUCUUUCGUGUGAGGGACGGACUCCAAACAAUCACUCGUGCGUGCGUGGCCUCCCUCUCUGGCUCACCCACCCUCCCCCCGCCUGCUUGUGGCAACAAGUGUCCUCAUGAAAUAAACUUGAAAACUGCUUCAGUAGGAAUGGGCUUGUUGAACCAGAUGUGUCCCACGUCACUACCAAACUUUUACACAGUAAUAAAACCAACAGGCUGCUUUUUUUUUUUUUUUUUUUUUUUUAAAGUUCUGGCUUAAUGUAUUUCCUGAGAUCUCGUCCGAUCGGAACCCGUGAUCCCAGCGUGCGGCCGACGUCCUGGUUCUUCUGGACAUGGAGUGAGAAUCCAGAUGUGGCUUCUGUCUUUGUCCCUUUCUGGAGUGAGCAGCACGACUGAAGUGUGUUUUUAUUAGUGAUUCAAUGACGGGGCUUUUGAGGCGGUGGAGUGAACCGUGGACUGAUGUUGACAGCGCCUAACAGGGGAUGGGCUCAAUGCUUCCUCCAAGCCAUCCUCGUCCAUCCCCUGUCGCGACCGCGCUGACUGACUCCUUACCUCCUCUGUGCUAAAGCCAGGAACCUCCACCCUCCCCCCCUCAAUCACUGUUAAAACUUGAAAUCUACAGAAAUUGACUUGAUGAAAAUAUAAAGAAAAACACAGAAAUGAUCCGAAAGCCUUUUUCUACUCGGUGGAAACUAAUUUCAGGAGCUUUCUGUAAAUAUAUAAUAAAAAAAUACUUUUGUUUUUCAGUUUUAUUUUUCAGAUGAAUUGCAGUGUGACCUAUUCAACAGAACCCGCAGUUGACCCGAUGCAGAGAGGCGCUUUAAUCCAAUGAUCAGUAGUUUUAUUGGAAUUUUGUAAAUAUAUUUUUUUUCUUUUUGCGUUCUUUAUUUAAGAAAUUAUUGCUUCUUUUGCAUCGGAAACUGGAACGUUGAGGUUAUGAACAUUGCAAAUAAAGGACUUAAGUUGC